ACCUCGACGUCGCUCCCAUGGCAACCCUGGAGCCUGCACACCCCGACUUGUAACAGAGCCCGCCACCCGCGGAGUUCUAGGCUGGGCCCCAAGCUGAGCGCGCGACGUUUGGCAGCGCAGCCACGAUGCCCAGUGAAACUCUCUGGGAAAUUGCAAAAGCUGAAGUGGAAAAAAGAAGAAGUAAUGGAAGUGAAGGUGAUGGAGUUGAAAUUGGAGAAAAAUCUGUUUUUUUCAUUGGAAGUAAAAAUGGGGGGAAGACUACUAUUAUUCUAAGGUGUCUUGACAGGGAUGAGCCAGCAAAACCAACCUUAGCUUUGGAAUAUACAUAUGGAAGAAGAGCAAAAGGACAUAACACACCAAAAGAUAUUGCUCACUUUUGGGAAUUAGGUGGAGGAACCUCUUUAUUGGACUUAAUCAGCAUACCAAUCACAAGUGACACCUUACGGACAUUUUCUAUUAUUCUUGUUUUGGAUCUUUCAAAGCCUAAUGACCUUUGGCUCACUAUGGAAAAUCUGUUGCAAGCCACAAAAAGCCAUGUUGAUAAAGUGAUAAUGAAAUUGGGAAAGACAAAUUCUAAAGCAGCUUCUGAAAUGAGGCAGAAGAUGUGGAGUAAUGUGCCAAAGGACCAUCCAGAUCGUGAAUUAAUUGACCCAUUUCCAAUACCGCUGGUCAUAAUUGGAAGUAAAUAUGAUAUUUUUCAGGAUUUUGACUCUGAGAAGAGAAAGGUAAUAUGCAAGACACUUCGAUUUGUUGCACAUUAUUAUGGAGCAUCGCUAAUGUUUACCAGUAAAUCAGAAGCUCUAUUACUAAAAAUACGUGGAGUUAUCAACCAGUUGGCAUUUGGCAUUGAUAAAAGUAAAUCAAUAUGUGUGGAUCAGAAUAAACCACUGUUUAUCACAGCAGGAUUGGAUUCUUUGUGUCAAAUAGGGUCUCCUCCUGUGUCUGAUAAUGACCUUGGAAAGCUUCAUGCCCAUUCACCAAUGGAACUGUGGAAAAAGGUGUAUGAAAAGCUCUUUCCACCAAAGAGUAUCAACAUACUAAAAAAUAUCAAGGACCCAGCACGAGAUCCUCAGUAUGCUGAAAGUGAAGUUGAUGAGAUGAGAAUUCAGAAGGAUCAGGAACUAGAGCAAUACAAGAGAAGCUCUUCAAAGUCUUGGAAACAAAUUGAUUUUGACUCUUGACUUAAUUCGACUAUUGUGUAUUUUUUUCUGGUUUCCCAAAACCAAGUAAGAUUAUUAAAUAUUUUGUUAAUAUGUGACAAAAGAUGUGAAAUUUGUUAGAAGAAAAGCAACUGGAUAUUCUGAAGUCUUUUCAAAGGGGAAAAAAUUGUGUGACUACAUGUACUAUAUGUGUGUGUGUAUGUGUGUGUGUGUGUAUCUAUAUGAAUUUUUUU